AUGAUCAAUUCAAGCCAUGAUGAUGAUCAAAAGAUGUUUAACAUUACAAGUGGAUCAUCAACCUCUCAAGAAAGAUCUCCACCCUCUCCAACACAUUCAGCAUCUUCUUCUGCGAUGAGUAGUACUUCAUCUAUUGUUUCCGAAGAAAUGUAUAGUGCAGGAAAUACGGCAUUGGAUAAAUUAAAUCCAUUCCGAGCCACUGCUCUUUCAGGUCAUCAUGGAGAUUCCGAAUUAUUACCACCUACCUUGUAUUAUAUUCCAAAUUUUAUUACUGAAGAAAAGGAACAAAUGAUAUUGAAGAAUAUUUACGCAGCUAAUUCACAACAAUGGACAAGGCUGAGAAACAGGAGAUUGCAAAUGAUUGGAGGCAAGCCAAACGAUAAGGUCAUGUUUGAAGAAGGAUUACCUAAGUGGCUCACUGGUGAAUUUUUGGGCCUCAACGAUUUACAUUCGUUUCCUGGAAAUAAGACAAUCAACCACGUCUUGAUCAAUGAAUAUGAAGUUGGUCAAGGAAUUGAUUACCACAAGGAUGGACCUGUUUAUUUUCCAAUGGUAUUCAUCAUAAGCUUGGAGUCAACAGUCAUGCUGAAUUUUAAAAUAUGUGAACGAGAUGAAGAUUAUGUCGACCAAUGUCCUUACGCGAAAAGUUUCUCUGUAAUUGCAGAACCAAGAUCUCUCUUAAUAUUUACUGAUGAUAUUUAUCAUUAUUACAUGCAUGGAAUCGAUGAAUGUGACUCGUAUGAAAUUACAAGUGACGUUCCCAUCGCAAAUGCUGAACUACUAUCAAAUAAGGAUUUAGCAAAGGUUGGAAAUAAAAUUGAGAGACAUAAGAGACUAAGUUUAACAUGUCGAUGUGUUAGAAAAACAAUGAAAAAGAAAUUAUUUUUCAAAUAA